AUGCCCUGCUCCUUGCCUCUACCACAGUUCCCAGUUCCCAACUUCCUGUGUCUCUCUGCCCCAGACCCCCUGCAAGGAGCCACAGGGCUAAAUGUGCAACAGAGGCCCAAGUUGCUACAGGUGAGGAAGGACAGACAGGUGACCUAGACCUGUCAGGUGCUGCAGCCUCAAGCCUGGGAGCAGCUUCAUGUCAAGUGGACCAAGGCCGGUGUUGCCUUCUGCCCACCCUGCGUCACCAACAGCAACCUCAGCCUGGAGGUCCGUGGGCCCCAGGGAUGGCUCUUCUGGUGGCCGCCUGGCAUUCUCACCCUGCAGCUGGACCGCAUGAGCCUCAACAACAGUGGGAACUACUUGUGCUGGACAACCAUGGAGACUGCUGAGUUGGUGGAGGCCAAGGGCAGUGGAACACAGCUCCUCUUGGAGACAGGUAAUGCCCUUUACAGCAACAUCCUGUACUGGCCCAAGACCCCAAAGAAGACUGAGUGGUGGCCUGUGGAGGGGAAGGUGCUGGACAUCCCCAGGCAGGGCCAGGAGGGCCACAGCUUCUAUUCCAUCUCAGUUCCCCACUCCACCCCCGCCCCUCAGUAG